AUGAAGUCCGGCAAGCUCUUUGUUCUCUCGGCGGCGGCCACCUUUGUGCAAGGUGCCAUCGACCUAGAUGGCCAUAGGGUCGUGCAUCCGGUUUCCGAGGACGACCCUUCACCCAUCGCCGAUCCUCUCAGCUAUAUCCCAGACCAGCAUAACUGCCCUUUGCCUUGCUAUGUCGACUACGCCAAUGUACACAGAUGGACGCCUUAUUACUCUCUCGGCCGUUUGCAGCGCUGUGAGCUGCCUAUGCUCCUACACUUCUCAGUGCUGCUCCCUUUGGACGACCCCAACACCGACGUUCUCAUACGGACUUGCACCCUCGGCACUGAUCCAGCUUCGGUGGGCGACAGAACCGUCAGCAAUGCCACUUCAACACCGAUCGACAAUCCGAAGCUCGGAGACGGCCUGCUCGAGCCCAGCAAGAAUGUUGCGCCGGCUUGUUUCAUCGAUGGCAGAGAAACAACCGGCGAGCUGGUGCUCGCUACCGGCGACGGAAAAGCGUCCAGAGGUGAAGCCUUGGGUCUUUUGGGAGGCAUGAAGGAAUUCUUCACUGCCACAGACAACUGCGACGAAACCUUUCUGUUCGCAUACCAUAGACAGACGGUUGCUAGCGUGCACAUUGGCAGCGGUCUGGGCAAGCGAACGGCUAUGUCGGCUCUUCAGGCUGUUGCUGGUAGGCUUCAGGACGACGAGUCGACGGCCAACCGCACCAUUGCCCAGAUUUGCGGCGAUGGGCGAGGGCCUGAGACUGUGUUCGGCAUCUCAAUCGAUACCACAGGCGAUUUGGUCGGAAUUCAGAAGAUGACAGUGGCCUGGAGCCAGGGUGACUGCGUCGUGGGCAGUGAUCUGCCCUCUCCUUUGAAGCAAGAGACACUCGUCGUCAGUGUGUUUGACAUUGCGUCGGCGCCGCUGGCGGAUGACGGCGGGAACAUCACCACCAACGCCGCUGGCAACCACACCGACUACAGCAACGCCACGUCAGCUUCAAUACAAUCACGGAGCAAGAUGGCAAGCCACCCGUGGCGGAGGGCACAGGCACUUGCCGGGCGCGCAACCUGCACCUAUAUCCGAGUCGAGGCAGGUGACGGCUGUGCUUCCCUUGCGGCCAGAUGCGGGAUUCGCGGUGUUGACUUUCUGCGAUACAACCCCAAAUCGGAUCUCUGUUCGACUCUCCAGCCCGGAGACUACGUCUGCUGCUCUGCAGGCGACCCCUACUCGGAGCCCAAGCCUCAAGCGCCGCAACCAAACGCCGAUGGUUCUUGCGCAGUGCACUUUAUCAGAAACUUCGACACUUGCGCCUCGCUGGGCAAGACAUAUGGCCUAACUGAGGCGCAGAUUGAGUCCUUUAACAAGGGCAAGACCUGGGGCUGGACCGAAUGCAGAGCCAUGCUCGCGGGCUACAACAUGUGCCUCAGCACGGGGACACCACCGCUUCCUCCGCCUCAGCAGGGCACCCAGUGUGGUCCGCUUGUCCCGGGCACCGAGUGGACCGACAAGUCAAUCACCAUGGCAGACCUUAAUCCCUGCCCCCUGAAGGCUUGUUGCAGCAACUGGGGGUUUUGUGGCCCCUUUCCCGAACACUGCGACAUCCACGCUCCCGAAGGCGGCGGCCCAGGAGCCAAACUUCCCGAGUUCAAGAGCACCUGCAUCUCGAACUGUGGCAUGGAAAUCAAACAGAACUCGGGGCCCCCGGCCAACUUCUCUCGCAUCGGCUACUAUGAGUCGUGGAACAUGGGCCGCAAGUGCUUGUGGAUGAAGGCCGAGAACGCGAAUGUCGAUACGUCGUACACCCACAUCCACUGGGGUUUCGCCGAAAUCGACCCCGCAACUUGGACCGUCGUGCUCAAGGAUCCCCAUCACCAGUGGCAGGCUUUCAAAAACUUACAAGGUGUGAAGCGGAUCGUGUCUUUUGGGGGCUGGGCCUAUUCGACCGAGCCUGCGACCUACAACAUUAUCCGUCAGGCUAUCAUUACCAACCGAGACAAGUUCGCGACGAAUGCAGCAAAGUUCGUGAUGGACGAAGGUCUUGAUGGCAUCGAUAUUGACUGGGAAUACCCCGGGGCGCCAGACAUUGAAGUAAAUGGUGUCCCCAUCGGUCAGCCAGGGGAUGGCGUCGCCUAUCUCCGGUUCUUGACGGUUCUCAAGAGCAAGUUGCCGACCAAGUCGGUUUCCAUCGCAGCCCCGGCGUCUUACUGGUACCUGAAGGCUUUCCCAAUUGACAGGAUUGCCGCAGUGAUUGACUACAUUGUGUACAUGACCUACGAUCUUCAUGGACAGUGGGAUUACGGAAACCCCAACGCCUUUGAUUCCUGUUUAUCAGGCAAAUGCAUCAGAAGCCACGUAAACCUCACGGAAACAUACAACAUGCUCGCAGUUGUUACCAAAGCUGGAGUGCCAAACAAUAAGAUUUUCGUCGGCGAGUCGAGUUAUGGCAGGUCCUUCCGCAUGGCUGUCGACGGUUGCUGGGGACCCCUGUGUGACUUCACAGGCACCAAACUGCAGUCCGAUGCGAACCCAGGAAGGUGCACUGACACGAGAGGAUAUAUAUCCAACGCCGAGAUCAACGAAAUCAUUCGCUCCGGCGAGGGCGAGGCCUUCCAUGACCAUACUUGUAAUGUUGACGUUUUGUUAUGGAAAGGCGACUACAUCAGCUACCUGACUCCGACAACCAAAGAAACGAGGCGGGCGGCCUGGAGGAGACGCAACUUUGCUGGCACAAUUGACUGGGCCCUUGACCUACAGGCAUUCGGCCCCGAUGAUUUCGACGUGCCUCCCGACCGACCUGCAGCUGGGGAAGAGGCCUGUAUAAGUGGGACAAGCUCAGACCUGAACGCCUACGACCUGUGCGAGUUUGCCUGUAACUACGGGUUCUGUCCAGAGAGCACGUGCGAAUGCCUGCUUAUGGGACCUGCUGAACCACUUCCAGCCGUGGUGUCGACGGGCGACUUCGUUGCUUGGGACGACUUCAACGCCGAUAUGAAUCGUCUCUGCAAGUUUGCUUGCAAGUACGGAUUCUGUCCGCCGAAGUCCUGCACGACCCCGGUUGUCGACGAGUACGACGACGGCACGGUCGACCCCACCAACCUGGGAGGCAUAAUGGAUCGGGAUAAGUACAACGACCUGGACAAGAAGACCUGCAACCUCUGGAAGUACCCCAAGUACCGAUACAAGGAGGAGUGCCUUGACGCAUGUAUCGACGCUGUCGAGCAGGCAAAGGAGCAAGGCCGCACCACGAACUACGGCUGCGUGGGCAACUUCCCGCUGGAUCAGGAGAUCCCAUGGACGCUAUGGCCUGGAGCCGGCGCCUCAGACAUGCUCUAUGUUCCGGGGAAGUGUGUGUGCGACCAUACGCUGGUCAACUUUUUUGCCGACACCAUCGUCGAAGCCCUACCCAUUAUUGCCCAGGUCGGGUGUUAUGUGGUCAUGUCGGCAUUCAAGUUGGUGCUCGACGUGGGGUUGGCGGCGAUUCCUGGUGUAGGCAAGAUCCUGGACGCCGGAUUAGACACCGUAACCACCGCGGCCCAGAUGCUCUCAUACGCCUACCCGCCCGAUCAGGAUCCAAUCGGAGCUUUUGAAUGGUGGCUGAGCCCUUGUGGCGGCACCGACCUUGUGCCGGACGAGGUUAAGCGGGUUUUCGAGGUCCUCAGCACCGUCGUUGACGGCGUGUCGAGCUUCAAGGAGCCUCCGAAUAUCCAGCGAAACAGCGGCAGAAAAGGAGACGACGCAAACCCUACCGAUCGAUCGAAACCCAAGGCUGGCAACGGCAGUGGUCCCAACGGCAUUGGCUCAGGCGGAAUUCGAAAGAGGAGGAGGUGCAGCAUACGUCCUCUCCAGUCCACCAUCAUCGUGGGCAACCCGGAUAACACAUUACGCUACCAGUCGUGUACCCCAGAUGGCAAUGGCGGAAGUACGACCACCAAGACGGACAUGGUCAUCACGUCGCUGGUUUUCGGUCCGACGCCCACCACUAUCGAGCAAGUCUGUAGUAAAGCGUGGUCUCAGGCAUGCUACCACUACAGCUCGGCUAUUGCUCAGAAUCCCCAGUGGGGAGUAUUAGAGUGUGUCCAUGGCAAUGUCAAAAACCCGGAGAACGAUCGACCGGGAGUCAGAAAGUGGUAUAGUCAAGCCGACGAUUCGUGGAGGGACGGAGCAUAUCGCGAUGCUGCGCGAUGCGACGCCGACGAGUAUCCCCCGCGCUAUUUCCUCCGCGACAGCGACCCAGAGAUGCAGAAAGCUGGUCAGCCAGGGGGCCAGUUAAUGAGAUACCUGCCAAGCCAGGAGAAUCAGGAUGCUGGUCGAAGCUGGAAAGGUGUCUGCUUCGCUCCCCAUAUCGCUGAUUUGACGAUCGCCGAAUUCAAGAAGAAAUUCGACGCUGUGCCCGCCAAGGAGAGAACGACGGUCGAGAAAAAAACGGACCGCUACAAGCUCACCGAAACAAAAGUCAAGGUCCCGGUCGACGUGAAGCCGUACUUCAAGUUCUCGAGCUUUGAGCACGCCGCCAACCCUCCUGUUGAUGCCGGCAUGUGGGACAACGGCUGCUGGCCGAAGAAGGUCGCUCCCAAGGAGCCGGGAUUUACCCUCUGGAGGUGGGACCAGUGGUACGAUGGAAGAACACCAGGCCACACGCACGAAUACGACUUCACCGAGCCCGUAUAA